AUGAGCCCUCGGUAUGAUCCGGAGGACACACUAGCCCUUCCAGCACUCAUGGAAGUUGAUGGCUUGGUCGUGCAUGAAUCCCAACCCUUAGCAGUGUCUGCACCCAAGCCCAGGCAAGCAUUCGCCCCAGCCAGCACUUGGGGGCUGCGUCUAUUCACCAAAGAAGACGCAACUGGGUUACACAAGUUUCCGAGUAUCUUCCAGACCUUGACAGCUCUCGCCUUGGCUGCAAUUGGUGCUUCAAGUGGCUUUGAAGACAUGAGCUCACCUCUUCUUGAACCGCUCACUGCCGCUUUUUGUGUUUCCACCGCACUCCAAAGCGUGACUGCAGUCAAAAUGGCAUACUCGCACCGUAGAGAAGAGCCCAUGGUCCGCAAUGUUUUUGUCAACAUGUCCAUCAUCUGUUUCUUGCAAGCCAUGGCAGGAUACUGGGUGGCUCCGUUUGCUCCUGAAUGCUUCAACGAUCCAGUCAUUUCCAAGGGCCUGUUAACCAUUGUUCCGUUGAUCUCCCUGGCCAUGUUUGUGCCAAGUUUCACAGAGAUGGAUGACCUAAUUGGGUCCCAGCUGCGCCGUGACAAGCGAAAGGGGGAGAAAGACUUUCGCUCAUGGUUGACAACAGCGCCAUACCUCUUCACAGCCCCCGUCAUGGUGGCUGUGAUUGCUGCCUUUGGUGCGCCUGGCGUCGAUCGUCUUGAGUUCUUUGAUUUGGUGUCUUCUACUCCAGAGCUCAGCUUUGAUCAAGCCAGUCUCUUCUACAAUCAAAUUGGGGCAACAGUAGGAGUCGCUUAUUUGGGCUUGUAUGUGACCUUGCGGGACAAGGGCCUCAUCACAAAAGACACGGAAAUCAUGCUGACCACUGUGACGUCUGUUUUGGUUUUGGGUCUCACCAUUGACCAGGCACGGGAGCUAGGGCUUGGCUUUUUCCUUGGAUGA